AUGGGCUCGGCUUCGCCGCGCCACUCACCCUCUGGGAGGGAAUCGUUCACUCCCGACGUCUCUCCUCCGUGCGAACAAGAGGCUGAGGAUCCACCUGUCUCCUCGCAGCACGUAGACGGGCGGCAGCCUGCCUCUGUCCCUCAGGCUUCCUCUCCCUCUCCCCACACGUCGUUUCCUUCCUCUUUUUCAGUUUCUCCUGCUUCUCCUUCGGUCUCUUCCUCAUCUCUGCCUUUCUCUUCGUCGUCAACGACGUCCGAGACUCGGUUUGUUCCUCCGUCGCCUCUCUCUUCCUCUUCGCUGUCUUGUCCCUGUGCAUAUCCACUCCCGUCCUCUUCCUCCUCUUUUUCCUCUUCUUGUCCGCCUCCUGUCUGCGCGUCCUCUUCUGCUCUUCCUUCCUCGUUCUCCGCUUCUGCAUCGUCUUCUGUCUCGUCUUCUCUCUCUUCAUCUGUGCUUUUGUCCUCGCUCUCUUCUCCCUCGUCCUUCUUUCCUUCUUCCUUCUCCUCUCCGUCUUCGCUCGUCUCCCGUCCGGGGCGCCCCUCCCGGGGAGCGCCUUCAGAGUUGGGCGUGGACAUCCUUCUGGCCGGGGAUUCGCCGAGCGACAGCAGCACUGCCGACGAGAGCGAUGUGGCGUCGACGGCGCCUUCGGUCUCCCUUCUUCAGAACUCGAAUGCGUCGCCUUCUUCUGCGGUCUCUUCUCACUUUCUCUCUUCUCCGCGGACAGCCUCCAGUCCCCCCACUGUGGGGAGUCGAUCCCUAGAGGGCUCUCUGUACAACCAAACUCUGUCGGAGAGAGGUGAGGCCAGCGAGCGAGAGCGCGACGGCGGAGACAGAGGCUGCGAAGGAAGAGACGAGGAGCGAACCGAGCGACGAGGCAGGAAAGAGGGAAGACGCGGCAGGUCCACCUCGUCUUUCUUCCUCUCGCCUUCCUUCCAGGCCACCCACGCGUACCGCACGGGCUUCGGCAGGAGUGCGACAUCGACUUGCUGGAGAGAGCGAGGCGAAGGACGCGACUGCAGCGCUAACUCUUCCCUCCCUUCUUCAACGUUUCUUCGCGGCAUCCUGACCCCGCCGCCGCUUCGAUCCUCGGUUCGCGGCGAAAGCGACGCGAUUCGCCUCCUCCCUCGCUUUCCGUCUUCGUCGUCCUCGCCCUGUCGGUCCCCCGCCCCCUUUUCCCCGCCUUCCCACCUUUCUUCUCCCGCGCACGCGCCCGAGGAGUCCAGCGCCGAGGCGAGGCCUGCGGAGCGGAGGAGUAGGUGCGACCGGAUCGGGAGACGCAACCGACGCGAGGAAGAACGGAGGAGACACGGGGACUCUGGCCGCGACUCGCCCUCGGACGAAUCUUCGCCUGACGACGCGACUUCUCUCUCGUCGAGUGCACCCUCUGCCCCGCGAGAGGCCGAUGCGGGAGGCGAGGAAAACGAAGAAGCGUCAGAGGAACAAUAUGGGGAGAGAACGAGCAAAGGCAGACAACGAAGACCCGAAGAGGGCGAAAAGCACGGAGACCGAGAGAGCGAGAGCAAUCGGAGACAGAGACACAGUGAGGGGCAAGACGAAGGCGAGGACUCCGACAGACGAGGGACACACGGCGCCGGACUCUCGAGCCAAGACGCGGGGCAGAAGGAAUUGAACUCGAAGGAAAGACAAGGUCACUGCAGACUGGAGAAGAAGGACAGAAAUAACUAG